UUUGUUUCAUGCAGAGGUCUUUUGAUGUCCUUCCAACUUCCUUGUUCUUGUUCGUCUCAUAUUACGAUAUUAUGGAUCACUGAUCUUUGCUUGCUGACUCGGAUUCAGUAAACAUGGGAGACACAGAGAGUUGCAAUAGCGGAAUUUUGAACUCUGGCUGGAAUCAUCGAUGUCCAAAACAGAGACAGAAGGUUGGAGUUUACAACGAGGUUUUGUGCAGGCUUAAGGAAUUGAAUGUCCCAGAAGCUGUGGUUCCUGGUUUUGAGGACGAUCUUUGGGCGCACUUCUAUCGCCUUCCCGCAAGGUAUGCGUUGGAUAUGAAUGUGGAGAGGGCAGAAGAAGUUCUUAUGCAUAAGAGGUUACUGGACAUCGCCGGAGGCCCAACUACAGCAAUCGGACCUGCAAUUGAAGUCCGUCUUGUACAGGUUCGUUCUGCUUCUGCUUCUGCUGGUGGUUCUAGUAAAUCUCUUCUUUUAAAUUCACAAAGUAAAGUUUGUCCUGAAGAUUCUGGUAUUCCAGGCAGCAUGAGCUUCCAUCCUCCACCUGCCUUCGGUUCGUCAUCUAAUGUGGAACAUAACACCCAGUUCUUACCAGUCCGAGACAGGGAUAACUAUUUGAGUUUUUAUACACAUUAUUCUCGGCCAAUGCAUGAAAUCACAAUUUCAACAAAUGACAAGCCAAAACUUCUGAGUCAGUUGACUUCCUUACUUUCUGAGACUGGGUUGGACAUUCUAGAAGCACAUGCUUUUUCGACAACAGACGGCUAUUCGUUGGAUGUUUUUGUUGUUGGUGGUUGGCCAAUAGAGGAGACGAAGAAAUUAAAACAUGAACUAGCAAAGAAAAUUCAGAAACUCCAGCAACAUCAAUUGAAAGAAAAUGGAAGUCUUCCUACUAGUACUACUGCAAAGCAAGAGCAAAUCGGGAUGAACUUUAUCUGGAGAAUUGAUGCCGGGCGUCUGAGAUAUGAAAAGAAAAUUGCAUCUGGACCUUUGAGUGAUUUGUAUAAAGGUUCAUUCUGCAAUCAAGAUGUAGCUAUCAAGGUUUUAAAGCACGAGAAUUUGAAUGAAAAUAUACAAAGGGAGUUUGCUCAGGAAGUGUAUAUCCUAAGCAAAAUUCAGCACAAAAAUGUUGUUAAAUUUGUUGGCGCUUGUACAAAACCCCCAAACCUGUACCUGGUCACAGAAUACAUGCCUGGUGGAAGUAUGUUCGACUUUUUGCAUAAACAGAAGACAGCCCUUGCUCUUCCAUCUUUACUCAAAGUGGCCAUUGAUGUUUCCGAAGGAAUGAAAUAUUUGCAUCAGAAUAAUAUCAUACAUCGUGACCUUAAAGCGGCUAAUCUUUUGAUAGAUGAGAAUGGGGUAGUUAAGGUUGCUGAUUUUGGUGUGGCUAGAGUGCACAAUCAGUCUGGCAUAAUGACUGCAGAAACAGGAACUUAUCGGUGGAUGGCUCCAGAGGUUAUUGAACAUAGACCAUAUGAUCACAAAGCCGAUGUCUUUAGCUUUGCCAUUGUGCUUUGGGAACUGCUCACAGGAAAGCUUCCUUAUGAGCAUUUGUCCCCAUUGCAAGCAGCAGUAGGAGUGAUCCAGAAGGGUUUAAGGCCUAAAAUUCCAAGCCAUACUCAUUCAAAGUUAGUGGAAUUGCUUCACUGGUGUUGGCACCACGAUUCAUCUUUGAGACCCAAUUUCUCAGAAAUUCUGGAAUUUCUGCUACGUGUGACCAAGACGGUAAGUGUAGGAGGAUUCUUGACAAAUUUUGUGUUACAUUCAAAAGAAAAAUCGAAGCCUCUACACCACUACUUUUUCUUGAACAGGUUACUGGGGAAUGUGAAGGCUAGGGAAUGCAUGAAAAUUGUAUUCACCAAACUCACUGUAUGUACACAUAGACAUUUGUGAUUUCUCAAUUUAAAGUAAAGGUUCGUGAUUGGAUUAUGAAGUUGAUAUUAGCCUUUUGGGUAGAUGUAUAUAAACUUGGAUUUAUAAAUAAUAGGAAGAAAAACAAAUAACAUAAUUGUAUUGUGAAAGUGGUGUAUGCUGCACUUAU